AUGGCGCCAUCAUCCCCGGACGGGGCCGCAUUUGCCGCCUCGGCCGACGCCCAGGGCGCGUGCCUCCUCUUCUCCGCCCUGCCGCCCGAGAUCCGGAAGAUGGUCUACGUCGAGUUCUGGCGCCUGUCCGGGCUCAGGCAGCACGUGCUCGCCCGCGAGCCCUCGGGUGAGCUCUACCAUUCGCCCUGCAUCACGGACCAGGAGGCGCGGGACACGAGGUACGAGGAGUUCCUGGAGACGUCCGGAGUCGGCCAGGACAUGGGUGUCCGGGGACGUAGGCUGAAUACCGACUGGAACAUUCACUGGGCCUGCGAGGAGCUCGAAAACCCCAGCCUUGUCCAACCGUUCCAAACCAAUCCGCCGCAGGUGCCAUGGUCUUCCUUCCUGCCCGCCUUGCUGACCUGCAAACGGAUGUACUUGGAAUGCAUAGAAUCCAUCUUUGACAGCAUCACCUUCGUCUUCAUCGACCAGGUCGUAGCCCGGACCUUCCUCCGCCUCUGGUCGCCCCACGCCGUCCGCUCCGUCGAGAUAUGCCUAGCAGCCACCAACUUCCUGACGGAGCUCUACUUCCCCUCCCCGCAGGGCCCCCCCUCGCAGCUCGCCAACGGCCCGCCCGUGACCGUCGACAACAACCCCUGGCUGCACCUGUGCCAGGCCCUGGCCUCGCAGACCCGCCUGCGCCGCCUGCACGUCUGGUUCGACUCCAGGGACCUGCGCCCCUGGCACAGCCGCGUCGUCGAGACACGCCUCUUCGCCGCCCUGGGGCGCGCGCGCGCAGACGACUUCGUCCUGCUGCUGCCUGAGCUGGUCGCCGGCGACCGCCUGGCCCUGCCUCCCGGGUCCUACCUCGAGGGCGAGGCACUGGAGGCGGCACCGUUCGAGGUGCGGAGGGGGCCGCGGAUGAAUAACUGGCGCGUCCACCUUUCCAGGGUUGGCCAGUUUAUCGAGUAUAUCGCUGGUCGGCAGGACAAUGAACCUUCUUAG